AAUGUUUUCUGUUGUGAUUAAGAAAACCACAUUUGCAUUAACACUGCAUACAUUACUUCCAAAGGGAUUCACAGGACCUGAUGGUUCACGUGGAGCCACAGGACCAAAAGGACAGAAGGGUGAACCAGGACUGCCAGGUGCUCGUGGACUGCCGGGCAAGGGGCUUCUUGGACCACCUGGUCCAGCUGGUGCAGCAGGACUUCCUGGGGAAGUAGGUCGUGCAGGUCCACCUGGAGAUCCAGGAAAAAGAGGGCCACCAGGGCCACCAGGACCACCUGGUCCUCGGGGAACAAUUGGCCUGCAAGAUGGUGACCCAUUGUGUCCCAAUGCUUGUCCACCUGGCCGCCCAGGACAUGCUGGCUUAAUGGGAAUGAAGGGACAGAAAGGUUCAAAAGGAGAGUCUGGUGAACCAGGAAAACAAGGUUAUAAGGGUGAAGAAGGGGACCAAGGACCCAGUGGUGAAGUGGGAGCUCAAGGCCCUCCAGGCAUCCUAGGUAUCAGAGGUAUAACUGGUAUAAUGGGACCUAAAGGUACCAAAGGAGCUCGUGGGCUUGACGGUGAACCUGGUCCUCAAGGUCUUCCUGGUGCACCUGGGGAUCAAGGACAGAGAGGUCCGCUGGGAGAGGCAGGUCCGAAGGGAGAAAGGGGCCCUCAAGGUACAAGAGGAAUAAAUGGUCUCCCUGGACCUAAAGGAGAGCCUGGCUUACCAGGAGUCGAUGGCCGGGAAGGGAUCCCUGGAAUGCCUGGAGCAAAAGGUGAACCAGGAAAACCCGGAGCUCCAGGUGAUGCAGGGCUUCAGGGACUGCCGGGUUUACCAGGCUCUCCAGGUAUGAAAUGCAUUCCUGGCCCAAAGGGUAAUAGAGGUCCCCCUGGGGUGCCAGGUUUGAUGGGAAAUUCUGGUAAACCGGGUGAACAGGGGCCAGAGGGAGAAGCAGGUCCAACAGGACCCCGAGGACCACCAGGUAGCAGAGGGGAGCCAGGUCCUGCGGGUCCUCCAGGUUUACCAGGGAAAUGGGGUCCCCAGGGUGAUAUUGGACUUCCUGGACUGCCAGGUCCUCCAGGCCUACUUGGUGGUAAGGGUGACCGGGGUUCAGUGGGUGAACCAGGACCUAAGGGUGAACAAGGUGCACCUGGAGCAGAAGGAGAUGGAGGAGAAAAGGGUGACUUAGGUGAUAUGGGAUUACCAGGAGCAAAGGGAGCUGUUGGGAAUCCCGGAGAUCCUGGUUCCCGUGGGCCUGAGGGAAGCCGGGGACUGCCUGGCACGGAAGGGCCACGAGGCUCACCUGGACCGCGAGGUUUGCAGGGUGAACAGGGUGCCCCAGGUCUGCCUGGCAGCCAAGGUCCAGCUGGAAAAGAACCAACUGAUCAGCACAUUAAGCAGGUUUGCAUGAGAGUCAUGCAAGAACAACUAGCUCAGCUGGCAGCCAGUCUGAGGAGGCCAGAAUUCGGUGCUCCAGGUCUUCCUGGCCGACCAGGGCCACCAGGUGCUCCAGGGCCUGCUGGUGAAAAUGGCUUCCCAGGACAGCUUGGACCCCGUGGCUUGCCUGGCCUUAAAGGUCCCCCUGGUGAGAUCGGUCGUAAAGGUCCUAAAGGUGAACCAGGAGAAAGAGGAGAAAGAGGAUUUCCAGGCAGAGGACCGAAAGGUUACCCUGGACCAAGAGGUCUUCCAG